AUGUCUCUCGCCUGUGGACUCUUUCGCCGGCGCUCAAAGUCGGACGAGAAAAAGCCCCGCCGGACCCGUACCUUUUCCAUAUUCGAUCCGAGCAUCGACGUGCUCAAGCGAAUGAUCAAGAAUGCCACCAUGAUCGCUCCGGCAAGAUUCCACGAUGGCGAACCGACCAUCUCCCGUGUUGGUUCCCUUACACGCGAGCACUCAAUGACGCCUGAGAUGUUUGCCAUCCUGGAGAACGUAUACGACGACCUACGAAAGGACGACCCCGAGCU